GAUACAUUCAAAUUUAUGUUUAGCCUUUACAACUUUAUUCAGCUGGCCAAGGAUGCCCACGGAAAUCUCGAACAGGCCCUUCAUUGUCUAGGCGAGGUGAAAAUAUACGUCGAAAAAAUGAAACUAAAGAGGUUGACGAUGAACCACAAGCGGAAAACUGACAAUCAUACGGAUAAUUGGACAUCCAAUAAGCGAAGAAAGCUAGACGAGCCUGCCGACAGUGAAGUGGUCUGUGAUGCAGCCAACCUGGAGGCACUGGAUCGUGCUGGAUACACUAUUCCAGAGGAAAUCGAGGGCUUCGAGUCACUUAUCCCGCUGAACGCAAAGAUGCUCAAGGCUAUAUCGGCGGAUGGCAAGGAAGUCAUCGUCAAACUCACUAGCGAACACGAAAUAGAAGUCCUGCGGCAUCUCCAUCGCAAUCGACCCACAAAGCAAACUCGGAUUAUUCCACUUUUGGACGUUAUAGACCGAAGGCUAAUGUUUUUGGAAGGUGUAGUGUACCUGCAAGACUCUUCUGUCGCACACCUCGACCUGAAACCGGACAAUAUUGUGGUCCAACAGAAUCAUGAGUCGAAGGAGGUGAACCUCAACAUCAUUGAUUUCAACAUUUCCGUUUUUGCCGACGCCAACCCGACAAUCUCUGCAUCGAACGGCACAGAUGGAUGGCAUGCACCCGAAGUUAAGAGAGGGAGGCCGUACAACCCUCUCUUAGCAGACCGGUGGUCAUGCGGCCGCGUCCUCCAGUACUUCGCAGAUAAUAUGAAGCCCGGCCAGAUGCGGGAGACGAUGCGGUUGUUCUCUCGGCAGUUGAUGAAUGAAACGCCCUCUCUGCGACCCAAGACCGAGUCUUGGGGCUACAAGGAGCAGCAAGAGGCUCAAGGGACUUGGAAUGCCAUAGCAGACGCACUUCCACCCUCCAUGAAAGGCAGUCACACAUUCUGUAUCCUAGAACACAAGCUACUUGGCCUUAUCACGCAGACACGCACUGGAUAUGGUCAUUAUGGCAAAUACUAUCAUGAUUUCAAUAUCCCCGAGCCAUAUGCCUGUCCUUGUGGGGAGCCAAUCCAGACCCAUUCACACGUCCUAUCGCUGCCGUCCCCUUCUACUAGUCGUCUUGCCUCAACAAUUGGAGGUCUAUAG